AUGUCUGUCUUUCUCGCCUACAACUUUGGCGUUCUCUUCCUGGUCCUCACCAGCUUUGCCUCCCUCUGGAGAGACAAUUAUCAUCAAUCGGUGUUAAUCAGUGGUGUUCACUAUGUCGCUCUUGUGGUCGGCUACACCGUCGCCGCUCAAGGUGGCGCUCGUAUCACCGACUGGCUCUGGAAGUACCUUACACGCAAGCGAGGACAAACUGCACCUGAAUAUCGAAUUCCCUUGAUGAUCCCAGGAAUUUUUUUCCUGAUAGCUGGUCUGUUUUGGUACGGUUGGUCAGCGGAAGCAAUAGCUCCAUGGAUCGUGGUCGACAUUGGAGCAGCGGUGUUUGGCUGUGGAGUGAUCCUCAGUACUCAGGCCAUGCAGCAGUAUGUAAUGGAAUCUUACAGUGAGUAUGUAGCAUCGGCAAAUGCGUCCAGUCAAUUCUUACGAAGUAUCUUCGGGUUUUGCUUCCCUAUAUUCGCGCCAGCUCUGUUCGAUCGUCUUGGAUAUGGAUGGGGGAACAGCACUUUGGCGUUCAUUAUGAUAGGUUUCGGUGUACCAGCGCCUUUUAUCAUAUGGAUAUAUGGUGCUAGGCUCAGAGAGAAGGGAAAGCAGAGGGCAAAGGGGAAAGUAUUCCUAGCUUAG